AUGAAAACGACCGGAUUUUCUGCUGGGUGUUUAUUUUUCGGACUGUCAUGUUUUUAUUUCAUGGUGCCGUCAAAUGGAGAUAUCAGUUAUUCCAUUCCAGAGGAGAUGAAGAUUGGAUCUGUAAUUGGGAAUCUGGCAAAGGACCUUUGGAUAAAUGCAAAAACACUAUCGAUGCGCAAGUCUCGUUUGGAUGUGGAUGAUGAAGGAAAACGUUAUUGUGACAUAGAUAUGAAAACUGGAGAUUUAACUGUAGCUGAUAGAAUUGACAGAGAGGGACUUUGUGGAUUUACGACAGUUUGUGUUUUAAAAUACGAAGUAAUUCUUGAAAACCCAAUGGAAAUGCACCGCAUUGUUGUAGAAAUUACUGACAUCAAUGACAAUUCACCGAGCUUUUCCAAAGAUGUUGUAAAAUUAGAGAUCAGAGAAUCCGCAGUCAAAGGCGCUCGCUACGCCAUAAGCGAAGCACAAGAUGCAGAUAUAGGAACGAAUUCAGUGCAGAACUACAAACUUCAGGACAAUGCUUAUUUCUUGUUUAAAUUUCAUAAUAACCCAGGUCAAGAAAAAUAUGGUGAGUUAAUUUUAGAGAACGAACUGGACCGUGAAAGGGAGCAGGAGGUGCGAUUAUUGCUCAUCGCUAUGGAUGGAGGCAAUUCGCCUAGAUCCGGAUCAGUAUCUAUACAUAUUACUGUUCUGGAUGCCAACGAUAAUUCUCCAGUAUUUAGUAAGUCCGUCUAUAAAGUGAGAUUGCGGGAAGAUGCUCCACUGGGAACGACAGUAGCUACCUUAAACGCCACGGAUGCUGAUGAAGGCGCUAAUGGUAAGGUGAUUUACGAAUUUGGACACAUUUCUAGCGACCUGCGUGAAGUGUUUACUCUUGAAUCGGAAACAGGAAAUCUGAUUUUAAACGCUAAUGUUGAUUAUGAAAGACAAACUACGUAUGAAUUAAAAGUAGAAUGUAAAGAUGGUGCUGGUCUUGCGUCGUUUGCAAAGGUUGUUAUUGAUAUAGACGAUGUUAAUGACAAUGCACCUACCAUACAGCUAAAAUCACUAAAUGAUCCAAUUCCUGAAAAUACUCCACCUGGAUCAGAAGUAAGCAUCAUUAGUGUACAAGACAGAGACUCUGAGAAAAAUCGUCAGAUCCGCUGCAUUAUUCAUGGAGAUGUUCCUUUUGUUUUAAAACAAUCAAUCAAGAAUUAUUUUUCGAUUGUGACAACUGGCGAACUCGAUCGUGAAUUCAUCUCAGACUACAACCUUACUAUCACUGCAACAGAUGAAGGCACUCCGCCUUUGUCCUCGUCUAAAACUGUGCAUAUAUCUGUGUCAGAUGUAAAUGAUAACGCACCUGUAUUUGAAAAGCAAAACUACAAUGCAUUUGUUACUGAGAACAACAGACCAGGUACCUCUAUUAGUUUUGUUACAGCGAGCGACCCAGACUGGAUGCAAAACGGCACAGUGUUGUACACUUUAGUUCCCACUGUGGUCCACGAUACUAAAGUGUCAUCGUUUCUAUCAAUUAACGCAGACACUGGUGUGAUCCAUGCUGUGAGAUCAUUUGAUUACGAAAAGUUUAGAAACUUUAAUGUCCAGGUCAUAGCCAGAGACAAUGGUUCUCCUCCACUCAGCAGCAACGUGACUGUAAGUGUGUUUAUAACAGAUGAGAAUGAUAACUCUCCACAAAUAUUAUACCCUGCUCCCGAUGAAAAGUCUUUAAUGACUGAGAUGGUUCCUAAAGCUGCUCUCUCAGGUUCACUGGUUUCCAAAGUUAUCGCUGUGGAUGCAGAUUCUGGACAGAAUUCGUGGUUGUCUUACCAGAUUGUAAAAUCUACCGAUUCUGGACUUUUCAGUAUUGGACUUCACAGUGGAGAAAUCAGAGCACUACGGGACAUUACUGAAUCCGAUAGCAUGAAACAAAACCUUGUUAUUGCAGUAAAGGAUAACGGACAGUCUCCCCUCUCUGCAACUUGCUUUGUGUAUUUGCUUAUAUCAGAUAACCUUUCUGAAGUUCCAGAGCUUAAAGACAUGGCUAAUGAGGAAAGCAACUCUAAACUGACAUUUUAUUUAAUUAUUGCGCUAGUUUCCGUGUCCACCUUCUUUCUGACUUUUAUCAUUCUGAUUGUGGCCCUGAAGUUUUGUCAGAGGAGGAAACCCAGACUGUUGUUUGAUGGAGCAGUCACCUUUCCCAGCGCGUAUCUUCCCCCCAACUAUGCAGAAGUGGAUGGAGCUGGAACUCUCCGCAGUUCUUACAAUUAUGAUGGAUAUCUCACAACAGGAUCACGCACCAGUGACUUCAAGUUCAUCACAUACAAUGACUGUACUAGUACUAGUGGAACUUUAAAAAAGAGUCCGGAUGAUUCAAAUAUAAUCAGCCUUUUUGAUUCAGGCGACUCACAAAAGGUAUGGUGUUCUACAUUACUUGCAUAUUAUUUUGCUUUCAUAGUCUUCGUUGUUGUUUAA